UCUGGGUUUGGAAUCUCCUCCCCUUUACUGGCUGCUGAAGGCAGCAUCACCUCCACGGCUCAGCACACUCUAUCAGCAGCACAGCCAAGUUCCACUGCUGGUCCAGCUCAGUCUUCCAGCAUCAGCACAGAGAGGAGGUCGAGGGUGUAGAGAAGGACCUUCAAAGACCAAAGAUCAGGAAGCUUUGGGGUCGCCCUGUCCAGCCGGGCUCCGUUAAUUCUUAGAGAGGAGGCGAGAGGUAACGCCAGCGUCCACAAGACAGCAGCCAUGACCAAAAGCAAUGGGGAGAACCCACGCUCGCGCAGCCGGGUGCAGCGAUUCCGUGAAGGGAUCCACUUGCGUUCCCUGAAGGCAAAGAAGAAAGUGGAGGACAUCACCAAGGACGAUGUGAAGACCUUCCUGAAGAAGAAUGCUUUUGUGCUCUUCACCAUUGGAGCAGUCGUUAUUGGCAUCAUGCUGGGAUUUGCGCUGCGGCCGUACAAGAUGUCCUACAGAGAGGUGAAGUACUUUUCCUUCCCCGGAGAGCUGCUGAUGCGCAUGCUGCAGAUGCUGGUGCUGCCCCUGCUGGUGUCCAGUCUGAUCACAGGCAUGGCAGCACUUGACAGUCGUGCUUCCGGGAAGAUGGGCAUGCGAGCUGUGAUUUACUACAUGACCACCACGUUCAUCGCUGUGUUUAUUGGCAUCAUCAUGGUCCUCAUCAUCCACCCAGGCAAAGGCUCCAAGGAUGAGUUCACCCAGCAGCAGAAGAUUGAGCAAGUCAGUCCAGCCGAUGCCUUCCUGGACCUAAUCAGAAACAUGUUUCCUCCCAACCUGGUUCAAGCUUGCACACAGCAGUUCAAGACACAAUACGGCAAGAGGGUCAUCAAUGUGAAGGUGAUAGUGAAUGAAAGCAUUUUUAAUCUGACCAAUGCCACUCAGGAGAUUUCCCGCGAAGAGAUCAUCCCAAUCUCAGGCACGACCAGUGGUGUCAAUGCCCUGGGGCUGGUAGUAUUCUCCAUGUGCUUCGGCUUGAUCAUUGGAAAUAUGAAAGAGGAGGGCCAAGCCCUCAGGGACUUCUUCGACUCCCUUAAUGAGGCCAUCAUGCGCUUGGUUGCUAUCAUCAUGUGGUAUGCACCCAUUGGUAUCCUCUUUUUGAUCGCUGGCAAAAUCGUGGAGAUGGAUGAUCUCACUGAAAUGGGAGGGCAGCUAGGGAUGUACACUGUAACUGUCAUCAUAGGCCUCCUCAUCCAUGGCAUGGUUGUUCUACCCACCCUGUAUUUUGUUCUCACACGGAAGAACCCCUUCAUCUUCAUUACCGGUUUACUGCAGGCCCUCAUCACUGCCCUGGGCACAUCGUCCAGUUCAGCCACUCUGCCUAUCACGUUCAAGUGCUUAGAAGAGAACAACAAAGUUGAUAAGAGGGUGACCCGGUUUGUGUUGCCAGUGGGCGCCACCAUCAACAUGGAUGGAACAGCAUUGUAUGAGGCACUGGCAGCAAUCUUUAUCGCCCAGGUUAACAACAUGGACAUGAACUUUGGGCAAAUCAUAACCAUUAGCAUCACUGCCACUGCUGCCAGUAUUGGAGCAGCAGGCAUCCCCCAGGCUGGUCUGGUCACCAUGGUGAUUGUGCUGACCUCUGUAGGACUCCCCACCGAUGAUAUAACCCUCAUCAUUGCUGUCGACUGGUUCCUGGACCGGUUGCGCACAACGACCAACGUCCUGGGAGAUUCAAUAGGAGCAGGCAUCAUAGAGUUCCUGUCAAAAGAUGAGCUGCAGAACGGCGAUGUGGAGAUGGGAAACUCUGUAGUAGAGGAGAACGAAGUGAAGAAGCCUUACCAGAUGAUCCCUCAAGAGAACGAGUAUGAGAACGAGAAACCUCCAGACAGCGAAACCAAGAUGUAGUGACUCCCAGUCCUCCUGUAGUCCAUGCCCAGGCAGGGAUUUUACUUGCAUGCAUGUCUGCACAUGUGUGUAUGUGUGGGCAUGUGAGCUUAAGCACUGAAAAAAAAACAAAAAAAUGAUGCAUUAAAUUGACUUGAUUCAAAUGUGUACUUCAUUUCAACACAAUUAAAAUAUAUUCCAUCAACACAAUUUUGUAUUUUAAUUAAAGGAAUAGCUAAAAGGAAGAAUGUAACCACUGCUUCAUCUGUUGUAAACAUGCCAACUCACCUCAUACAGCAGUGACACAAUAGUCUCAAGAGUAAUAAGUUGUUAUUCAGAGCAUGCUGGGAAUUGUAGUAAGUGAAUUUUGAUUGACGAAAACACAAAAAGGAUACAAAAUUGUGAAUUCUGUCAACCUGAUGAGGCUAAGCGGGUGGAAUUAUGCAUUACAGAGUGUUACAUAACAUGACAUAUAGCUGAAAACUCUGUUUUUGUCUGGAAUGCCCCAUUAAUUAUUAUUAGCAAUAAUAUUCAGAAAUGUUGGGCAUAUUUGAAUCAUGUGCAUUCAAUGCAUGACUAUUUUUGAGCCUGUGAUGACUGUUCUUCCUGUUUUUCAUUGGCUACUUUUAUUCUUUGCCAUUCCCUUUUGAAUUACAUGUUUAGUAUUAGCAUCUGAUUUCUCCACUGUUAAUUCAGAGUUCGGUUAUACUGCACUGGUCACUACUAUUGGGCCUCAUGUCAAUCACUGAACAUCAGAAAGUGGCCUAUAUGAAAAUAUUCAGUAAUUUGAGAAUGUUUUAGUUAAACCUAGACCAGGAACAAUGUCAAAAUUUACUCAGAUUGAAAUCAGAAUGUUUGGCACUGAAGAUUGUUUAGAAAGGUUGAGCAAGAUGGUCUGAAGAAUGGAAAGUAGGACAUGUGAUUAGAACAAUUGUGUUUAGCCUCAUAUAUGGAUGUCAAAGUAACUGAAAGCUCUACCAAGAAGUUAAUAUCUGUUUGGUGAUUGGACAGUCAUGUCCACCAUCCUUGUCCAAAGUAUCAUGCUGGAGGGUGGGAUGUCCAGCAGGAAUCUGACCAAAAUUACAGAUUUUAUGUCUGAGAUGGAUGGUUAGUCCAUCCAGUUAAGAUUUUCAAAUCACUAAUUUACAAAAUCCAUUUAAAAUACUGCAGAAUAGGCAGUUCCAUUCUUUUACUGGAUGGAGAGUCCAUGACACGCCACUGUGUUGAAAGCUAAGUAUAUUUUGCCCUUCUUUAAGUUUCUAUGCUGUACGUUUUCCUUUAUUUUCAAUGCUGGAAGAGUCAGAAUGUUCACAUUUUGUUAUACACAUCUGUGCAAAAGUCAGAUACCAUCCUUCAUUUACUUACUUUCCGGUCAACACAAUGUCUAAGUACAACUUAUUCAUUUUUUUUCAGAAUCAAAGAAAAAGAGAAAACAUAUAUUCAACAGAAAACAGCAACUAAACAUCAUCAUAAUUUACUACAUAGUGAGCAGUGUUUGCCUUUAAUACAGCUUACAUUCUUUUUUAGGAGCCUCGCUUUCAGUUUCUGAGAGAAAUCUGCCAGAAUAUUUUUCCACACCUCCAAAGUUCAGUCUUAGAAGUUGGUUGUAUUUUCUGCUUCUCUUAGACUAAUCCAAGGACUACUGGACUAAUUUUGGACUAGACUAGUCCACAUCUCAGACAUUCAAUUCCAGUGUUCUACUGUUCUUCUUCUUCUUCUUUUUUAAUCUGUUCCUUUUCUCAGGAACACCAUCUCAGCUACACAUCAUUGCAGACCCAGAGCACUGAGCUGUCUUCUCACAGUGGAAGGGAUGGACAGAAACACCUUAAUGUUUUCAGAUCUGAAGCAAGAGUGGAGCUUGGUUUUCUCCUCUGUUUCAAAAAUGAAAGCUGCAACUGUUUACAUGGGGACUGUGUUGGUGGUCUACCAGGUCUUUCAGGUGGUUGCUAGGAGUCCCUUCUUUGGAUCAUUUCUUUUACUUUAAGCUUCCCCUUUCUCAUGACAGUGGAUUGUCUUCUCAUGACACCUAAUGUCCUCAGAAAUAUCUCUCGAAGAAAAAGAAUAUCUUGCACUGUUGUUUUAAUUGAAAGCUAAAAAUAAAUGAAGGGUGGUCUCUGAUUUUUGCACAGUACUGUACAUAUUUCAAUGCUGAUUUCUUUAUUUCCACUGUUGUUCUGUAGGAUAUCUUGGUAGCACUGAAAGACUGUCCUUUUGCUGCCAUUGCUAACAUAAAUAGAGGAUAUUAUAAAUAUAUGUAGAUGCUUUUAUUAAUUGUAGAUAUUAUGAAUGACUGUUUACUUGAAGUCUCCUGAGAAAGUCUCGAGCCAGAGCGUUCUCUCGGUCUGAGAAAUGGGUGAAUUCAGCGUUACAGACACAAACAUGCUGACUGGAUACUAACUCACUCAAAUGGAAACUGUGAUUUUGCUUUUCUUUUUCGUGUCGUGCUCAUUGGGAUGAUGUUCACCUUGCUGGAUAUUUGCCCUUAGAUUCACACAAAAAGUAUGGUUUAAAUGUGGUUUAAAAUCUACAUGGGUUAAAUAAAACUGUAGGUUUGGCUAUGGUAAAUAUAGUUUUGAAUAAAAGUGGGAAAAGGAAA